AUGCUAGUCGAUUUUAGACCAAGCCACGUUUACCACUCUUCUGGCUAUACUUCGAGAAAAUCGGAAUUGGGCGAGGACCCCAUCUCCACCGUGCGCACAUUGCGCACACAACUUCGUCGUAUGGCUCUGAGAUGCGAAGAAGAGGAUACGCCAGUUAAGGCGCAUCUCUGUCAAAGAGCGUGUGAUCGUCUCACAGGUGUUGAAGCGGAGUUAAUGGCUUUAGGUCGUCAGAGAACCAAUGCCGUGUUAAACGGAGAUACAAGAAAAGCCGAUACGAUAAGUAUUAAGAUGGAGGAGCUUAAAGAAGACGCAGUCAGAGAUACCUAUUCGGAUUUGGUUAUGGACAAAAAUGAGAUGAAAGCUUUUGGUGUGAAUUCUCAAUGGACACCACUAAAACGACCUGAGCAACAGAAACCGCCGACAUUCGUUCCGCCUCCUUCACCAAAAAAAACGCCAAAAUCGGUAGCGAUUACAAGUGAGACGCAGACAGAAGCUCCAACUGAGGUCGUACCAGAGAAAAUGCCUGAAAGCCCGCCACUGCGCGAUGUAAAGCGAAAUGCUCGGUUGUCAACUAUGGUGGGUGCUGCUAACACUGACCAGCUUCAGCAGUUCGCACAACCAUACGACGAUCCUUAUCAGCUACCAAACAACGCUGGGUAA